CUAUUUAAACUUAUAGACUUUGUUAUUAAGGUGACAGAUUCUAUAACUUCGGCAUUCAGACGAUUAGAAGGUAGCACAUUUGGAUUAGAAAGAUUUGUGUAUACUAUUUGGAGAUCAGACAAUUUCAGACAACUAGGAGGUAGUACAUUUGGCUUAGGAAGAUCU